AACCUUUCAACAAGAGCUUUACACAAGGCUUUGAAUUUGUUGUUAGCUUGUCUGAAGUGUUUUAGCAUCACAGAUAGUCUGUCUUAUACUGUACAUCUAGACUGGCCUACAGCAUCUACAAUCAGCUUCUCUCGUUUAGGAAUUUAAUGCUAUAAGAAGUUAAGCUUUGUUCAUUAAGAAAGACAUGCCUGAAUUGAAGGAAGAGGCUACGGGAGAGGUGCCCAGUGUAAAUGACGAUGACGAUACUGCCAAGAAAUUCAACGAUAAGCCUGGUUUGACGGACGGUAAUGCAAGCUUCCUUCGUGCUGCCCGAGCUGGCAACUUGGAUAAAGUUUUUGACUACUUAAAAGGAAGCACCGACAUCAACACAAGCAAUGCGAACGGCCUGAAUGCUCUGCAUCUGAGUUCUAAAGAAGGUCAUUUGAAUAUCGUGACAGAAUUAUUGAAAAGAGGUGCUGAUGUUGAUGCAGCAACUAAGAAGGGAAAUACAGCACUGCAUAUUGCUUCACUAGCUGGACAGUUUGGAAUUGUGAAAGUACUUGUCAACUAUAGUGCAAAUGUCAACAUACAAUCCCAGAAUGGAUUCACUCCUCUAUAUAUGGCAGCUCAAGAGAAUCAUGUCGAUGUUGUCCAGUUUCUUCUAAAAAGUGGUGCCAACCAAAAUUUGGCCACUGAGGAUGGCUUUCGGCCGUUGGACGUGGCAACACAGCAGGGCCACCACGUUAUUGUGGCCCUGCUUUUGGAGUGUCAGCACUCCAAGCCUACGUCACUGCCGCAACCGCAACAACAGAUCUCCCAGUCAGAAUCGGAGGAUGGGUUUACCCCCUUAGCUGUAGCCCUGCAGCAGGGGCAUGAUAAGGUUGUAGCCGUUCUAUUGGAGAACGAUCGUGCUGGUAAGACUCGUCUGCCAGCUCUUCACAUCGCUGCCCGAAAAGAUGACUCAAAAGCGGCUGCGCUUCUACUUCAAAACGAACAUGACCCGGACGUGACCUCAAAGAGUGGUUUCACACCUUUACAUAUCGCUUCGCAUUACGGACAUGUCAAUGUGGCAAUUCUGCUCAUCCAGAAGGGCGCCACCAUAGAUUAUGCAGCAAAGAACAAUAUUACCCCCUUACACGUAGCAUCAAAGUGGGGGCGUGUCAACAUGAUUAACACUCUAUUGGACAGAGGAGCAAAGAUUGAUGCUAAGACAAGGGAUGGAUUGACUCCACUUCACUGCGCCGCUAGGAGUGGACAUGACCAGUCUGUAGACCAACUUAUAGAGCGUGGAGCUCCUGUCACAUCUAAGACCAAGAAUGGCUUGGCCCCACUACAUAUGGCAGCCCAAGGCGACCAUGUGGACAGUGCUAGACUCCUACUAUUCCACAAGGCUCCUGUCGAUGAUGUUACAGUUGACUAUUUGACACCACUGCAUGUGGCAGCGCAUUGUGGACAUCACAAAGUCGCUAAACUCCUUCUGGACAGAAAGGCAAAUCCUGACGCAAGAGCAUUGAAUGGAUUCACUCCAUUGCAUAUUGCCUGCAAAAAGAAUCGCAUUAAAGUUAUUGAACUGCUACUCAAGUAUGGUGCCUCGAUUCAGUCUACAACCGAUUCCGGCCUGACUCCACUUCAUGUGGCCGCCUUCAUGGGCAAUGCAGGAAACACAUUGUUCCUUCUUAAACACGGAGCCAUUAUUGAUGAGCCAAAUGUCCGUGGUGAGACUCCCCUUCAUCUUGCCGCCCGUGCUAACCAGAUUGAGAUAAUGCGUAUUCUAUUGAACAGUAAAGCUGUGGUCGAUGCCAGAGCUAACGAGAACCAGACGCCACUUCACAUCGCCGCUCGUCUGGGCAACGUGGAGGUUGUUACACUCUUGCUAGAGCAAGGCGCGAAUCCUGAUUCGCAAACAAAGGACUUGUACACAGCGCUACAUAUUGCAGCACGUGAAGGAAAGGAAGAUGUUGCCGCUGCUCUGCUCGAGCAUGGUGCAUCCCUCUCAAAGAAAACUAAGAAAGAGUUCACUCCUUUGCAUGUCGCUGCUAAAUAUGGUCGUUUGGGUGUCGCCUCUCUGCUGCUCAGACAUUGUGCAUCCCCCGAUGCAAAAGCCCAGAAUGAUUUGACUCCCCUCCAUAUUGCCGCCCAUUAUGAUCAUGUAGAUGUUGCAAUGCUGUUGUUAGACCAGAAAGCGUCUCCAAUAUCAGUUGCAAAGAAUGGCUUUACACCGCUCCAUAUUGCAGCUAAAAAGAACCAGAUUGAGAUAGCUACUACCCUUCUUGAGUACAACGCUGAUCCAAAUGCUGUCACCAAGCAUGGAAUUAGCCCAAUCCAUCUAGCAGCCCAGGAAGGCCACACAGACAUGUUGAGUCUGUUAAUAGAUAAAGGUGCUAGGCCUGGAAUAACAGCUAAGAAUGGUUUGACCCCUCUGCACUUGGCUGCACAAGAGGAUAAGGUCAACUGUGCUGCUAUCCUAGUCAAAAGUGGUUCCGAGAUUGACCCCAAGACUAAAGCUGGAUACACUCCACUCCAUAUUGCAUGCCACUAUGGAAACAUCAAAACAGCAAUAUUCCUUCUUCGCCAUGGAGCUGACAUCAAAUCUAAAACAAAACAUGGCAACACACCUCUGCAUCAAGCAGCUCAGCAGGGUCAUGUAGGGGUCAUCAACCAGUUGUUGGAGAAUGGAGCUGAUCCAAAUGAAACAGCCAAUAAUGGGUAUACCCCAUUAGGUGUUGCUAAGCGCCUCGGAUAUAUCUCGGUCAUCAACACACUGACCACAGUGACAACCCGCACAGAGACAAUCACCAUCACAACAACAACGGAGGAGAAGUUCAAAGUUCAAUGUCCUGAAAUAAUGGUUGUGAACUUUAUGUCUGAAGAUGAGGAUGAAGACGAAGAAAGUGGUGAUGACAUAUCAAUGACAGGAGACCACGGGACACUGACCGCAGAUGAGAUUAAAAUUCUGGGGGAUGAUUCCAUCGUACGUGACAACCGGCUCAUGGAACAGGAUUGGCUGGGAAUGGACCCAGAUAUGAAGUAUUACUCAGGAGCUGGUUCUCUGUCAGGCUACUACCGCCAGUCCUACACACCAUCCCGAGCCAGCACUAUAGGCCGUGGGGACGACAGCAUUCUUGGGCCGGAUCUUAUAGAAGGCGAGGUAAUCACAAUGUCCACACAGCAGAGUGCUUUUUCAGCUCCACCACCCCUUUCACACUCGACCCCAGGUCAUAACGGACACAUGAUUUUAAGUCCAGAUGAUGGAUGCCCUUCGUUCAAUGGAAUUGAUGGUCGGUCUACAGCUACCACUCACAGCUCCAUGCAGUCUGGUUUCUUGAUCAGCUUCAUGGUUGAUGCCCGCGGUGGCACCCUAAGCAGUUGCCGUAUGCCCGGCAUGCGCGUAGUUGUCCCGCCAAACAAGGCAACUGGACCUACAAGAGUUACUUGCCGUCUGGUCAAACACAGCAAGCUGAUAACGCAACCGCCCGUUAUGGAGAGUGAGGCACUAGCUAGCCGCAUUAUUGAGGUUGGCCCGUCGGGAGCACAAUUUCUCGGCGGAUUGGGCAAAAAACUGCUCACAUACCCUCCGCUGAGUGACGGAGAAAUGCUGGUGAGCCGUAUUCUCGAGAUGGGCCCAGUGUCCGAGAAGUUUUUAGGACCGGUGUUGCUGGAGGUGCCACACUUUGCUUCGUUGAGGAAUGGUCAACGGGAGAUUGUUGUGCUGCGCAGCGAUACUGGUGAGAACUGGAAGGAGCAUUCUCUGAAUGCCACUGAGGAAGAGGUUGCCAAGGCAUUGGAUGGCUACAAAGGAGAAGAUAACAACAUAGAUAGCAAACGAGUGUGCCGGAUUCUAACAAAGGACUUCCCACAAUACUUUGCCAUCAUCUCGCGUAUUAACCAGGAGACUAAUUCAAUUGGAACAAACGGUGGUGAACUGAGGUCACUCGUUGAACCCAAGGUCACUGCUAGUUUCCCAAUGGGAACACUCACUAAGAAAAUCAAAGUUGGACUACAGGUACAACCAGUGCCCCAUGAGGUUGUGAAGAAGGUACUUGGUAACCGUGUGAUGGUCAGUCCAAUAGUGACCAUUGAGCCAAGGCGCCGCAAAUUUCAUAAGCCGAUCACUGUAACGAUUCCGGUGCCAACAGCAUAUAACCAAGGCAUGGCUAAUGGAUACGGAAGUGACUCUCCAACUCUCCGUCUUCUAUGCAGUAUCACAGGUGGAACUGCACCUGCCCAGUGGGAAGACAUCACAGGGUCAACUCCCCUCUCAUUUUCCCAGGACUGCUGUGUAUCAUUCACAACAACUGUGUCAGCAAGGUUUUGGUUAAUGGAUUGCAAGGAGAUAGACCAGGCAAGCACAUUCUCUAGAGAACUGUAUCAAGAACUUCGUUCUGUGCCAUUCAUGAGUCGCUUCGCCGUCUUUGCAAAAACCCACGACCCACUAGAAUCCCGCGUACGUGUAUUCUGCUCAACAGACGACAGAAUCGAUAGGGGACACUUUGAAAAUCAAGAACAUUUUACUGAAGUAGCAAGAAGCAAAGAAGUUGAGGUUUUGGAAGGCCGGCCAGUUUACAUCGAACUAGCGGGCAACCUUCUGCCUGUCCAGAAAUCUGGUGACCAACUAAACAUGUCAUUCCACGCCUUCCACGACAAUCGUAUGACAUUCUUUGUACGUGUACGUGAUCAGUCACAAGAAGCUUGUGGUCGUUUGUCCUUCAUGCGUGAACCGAAAGUGACAAAAGGAAUGCCACCACAAAAAGCUAUGUGCAACCUAAAUGUAACAAUGCCUGAAUACGUCAAGGUCAAAAAAGAAAGUGAAUCGGAAUCAGAGUCCAGUGAGGAUGAAGAGGAAUACAGAAUGGAAAAGGGCGAGAGGGAGCUAUUUGAAGAGAAGGAGCAACUAGGAGUUUUAUCACAGCGAAACAUCUACACCAUCACUCAGGUUGAUGAGAGUGAUGAGUUCCUUUUAAAUCAGGAGGCCGCUGCAAAAAAUUUAAAUUUUGCUUCAAUAGCAGAGAGGAAAAAGUAUUCAUUCUUACAAGACCCAGUCAUGAGCCCAACAAGUUCACAUAUGAGAGCAGAGCUUAGACUAAUGGAUGUUGCUAAAAGGAUAGGCACAGAUUGGCAAAGGCUUGGCAGAGAACUCAAGGUGUUAGAGAAAGACCUCCAGACAAUUGAGAAUGAGAACGAUGUAAUUUCUGAGCAGGCAUUCGUCAUGCUUCAUAAUUGGUCAGAGAAGAGUGGACCUGAAGCAACAUGUGAAAAAUUGGAGGCUGCAUUGCAAGCAAUUGGACGAGGUGAGAUUGCUGAUGAAUGUUUGGGUGAAUUCAUCUCACUUGAUGUCACAAUUGAGCAAGAGGAAGAGAAGGAAAGGAGUUCACCAGAAGAGGAAACAAAUAAAUUUACAGAAGAAAAUGAAGCUGCUGCACAAGAUGACAUCAUGAAUGGGCAGGAGGAGGUGACUGAGACGGACUUAAAUCGUGAUGCUGCCCUCUCGCAGGAGGCUACUGAACAGAAGCUGCUCCAAGAGGAUUCUAAACCAAAGCAUGCUUUAGAUACUCAGGAUGAACUGUACACCGAUCGUGACAUGCAAGAGGCACUGACAGAACCCUAUGCUCCUGAGCAGAUUGAUGAGCUUGAUGAAAUGACACCUGCAGAAAUAUAUGAAGAAAUCAAAGAAGAAAUUUGGGAAAAACAUGAAGAAGAGAGACAAGAAAUGGUUUUUGAACCAGAGUUUGAGACAGUUGUAGAAGCACAGGAGGAAGAAAUAUUAGAAACUGAUCAGCAAGAAGAACCAAAGUCUUCAGAAAUAGUUAUUGCCGAGAAGUUAAUAGAAGAGAUAUUUCAUGAUGCCCAACGAGAGUAUAUGACUUGGAGAGAAACACAGGUUAAGAUUGAAAGUAGUAUUGACAAAGGUAAUAUCAGCUUGGAACAGUCAGAAGAAACAGAGAUACAUGAGAAGGACUACACUACAACAGGUGAUUGUAAAGAAGAGAUACAAAUGGAAGAAAAUGCAGGUGUUACAGAAGAAGGUUUAGAACCUUGGCAUGACUCGAGUGAAAGUGAUACUGACAGAAAUAACCAAAGUACACAAGAAGAACAUCAAAACGAUGUGUCAGGAUCGCCAACAACUCCAGAAAUCAUAGAACUCACUGACAAAUCGACCCACAUUUUCCCAGAGCUUGAGUGUCUGAAAAUGUAUGAUGUAUACCAGCCUCCAACCCCUGUGGAGGAUUUAGCAUCAGAAAGUGAUAAAAGAGAGAGCUUUGAUGUUCAGACAAGUCAUAUGAAGCUAACACAAGAGGAAGUCACAAUUAUAGAGGGAGAAUAUAGUGUUGAAUAUCCGGAGGAUGCAACAUUGGAAAAAGUUUCAGACGAAGGUGAUGACUCUUUUCGUACUUGUUCAUCCACAUUGGGAUUAAAGGAAUUUAUCAGCAGCACUCAGAAUGUUGGGGCAAUAUCUGAUUUGGAUGACCAAGAGGAAUCCUCAUUAGCAGAAAUUACAUCAGAGUUAGAGCAUGAUGAUGACAUGCCAUGUGAUAGAAAAAUUGAGAUCCAAAAAGACAUUCAACCUUCAGAAGAGCAACAUCCAUUAAUACACAAGACUAAUGAAGACCUAGUUAAAGAUCAAGAAACAGAUGAGCAUGAACUAUCACUUGAGAGAACUGAGAAUGAGAUAGGAUGUGGUCUGGAUGAAGUAUUAGAAAAACAGCCAGAUCAACAGGAACCAUUGUUUAAUUCCCCUAAAUAUUCACCAGCCACAGAAGUUAGAUCAACAAUACUUCAAGGGAAUGAGACAACAUGUGUUCAAGGUGGAGAAGGUAAUAUCCUCGUUACUGAUGUACAUUCCUAUGAGCAUGAACCAUCAGUUGAUGCUUCUGUAGAUGCAUCAGUAACAGAAAUGACAUCAACAAUGCCUCAGGAGUUUGAUACGAAAUGUUAUCAAGAUGCAGAAGAGCAAGAGCUAUUCGUUGAUUCUCCUGAGGUCCCACCAGUUAUAGAGAUGGCAUCAUCGGUGCUGCAGGGAGAUGAGUCAACAUGCGAUCAGGAUACACAAUAUAAAACCCAGAUAUCUGAGGAAUAUCCAUGUGAUGCUGCUGAAGACCCACUAGUUGCAGAAUUAAAACCAAUAGUAAAACAAAACAAAGAGACAGCAUCAGCAUUGCCACAGGUGGAUGAUACUUUAUGUGAUCAAGGAGAAGUUAAAAUUUUAGUUUCAGAAUUUGAAGAUCCAGAUAAGCAAGAGCAAACAGAAGAGACCACUAAAUACACACCAGUCACAUUAAAUGUGCUACAAGGGGAAGAGACAACAUGUGAUCAAAAUACAGGUGCUACAGUCAAGGUAUCAGAACAUCAAGAAAUGAAAGAACAAGACUCAGGAAGUAUUGAGGCAUCAGCAUUAACAGAAAUUACAUCAACAAUGAUUAAAGGUAGUGAUGAGGAAAAAGAGGAGGCUUACCAGAUUGAACCAUCAGUUAGUCAACAGCAAGAUGUGUGGAAGGUUAAGGAGGAAUCUCAAUUUGAAUGUGAUAUUGUCACUAAUGUAGAAGUCAAAGAAUAUGCAUCUGAUAAGGAUUAUACUUCAGAAUUGUUGGAGAAAGACAUUGCUUCAGAAUUGUCUGAGAUGGAUAGUGACAGACAUGAGGUAAACCCAACUGAAGGUACUUGUAUUGAAGUUGGAACAGAGUUUGACAUGCACACAGAAACCAAAGAAAUCAACAUACCAACAUCAUCCAAUAUUCAGGAUCAGGCAGUUGAUGUACAGUUAACACCAAGUCCUCCUGCAGACUUAGAAAUAGCAGAUGAAAUUAACUCAUCUAAAGAUCCUGAAACUCCAGAAAUUUCAGAAUUGCCAGACACUCCAGAAACAUUUGGUGACAGUAGUAACACCGAAGGUGAAAGUCCUCUUGUACUGUCUGGAAAUUGGCCAAAGUUUUCUCAAGAUUCCACCCGACAACCAGUACAGCAAAUACAUGUCCUUACAGAAUCAUUAUCUGCUGUUAGUAGCAUUGAAAUAUCAAUGGAAUCAUCUGAAAAAACAAAAGAAUUCUUUAAUGGCCCAACAGAACAAGAUUAUUAUGAUCAGUCCUUGGCUGAACCAUCCAGGAAUCAAGUAGAGGCUGUUGAAGAAAGUGCAGGAGCUGAACCCAUUUUGAGCGAACAAGAAGCACAUUUAUUCUUGCAUCGAGAUGACCCAGAGAAAGUUGAGGAUAAAUUUUGUGAAGCCGAUCAUUUAACAGGACCUCCUGAAGUAGAAUUUGAAGGGCUCUCACACCUUGAUGAACCAAAAGAUGACAUUGACACUUGUGAUACUCAUCAUUUGCCGGAAACACCUGGUCCUGUUUCAACAACUGACAGUGAUAAUAAAGUUGAAGAUAAGCAAGAAGAUGAAACUGACUAUUCACACUACAAUGUUCAGGUAAGACUAACCUCUGAAGAAAUAACAUCUGCAUGUGGUUUUACUAACUCAGAAUGCAUGCCAGCAGUAUAUGCAGAUUCGGGAGAGACGAAACUUGGAGAAGUUGUCAUCUUACAAAGUCAAAGUGAAUCUUCAAGCUUUGUUGAAAGUAUUACCACCACUGAUAAUGAGCAAACACUAAGGACCGCUGAACUCGCUUCUUCAUCAUUUAAUCGGCAGACACAGUUUUCAAUUGAAACUGAGCAAAGUUUGUCAUCAACUUCUGUAAAAAAGUCACAUGAAUCCAGCUGUAUUGAAAUAAAAAAAGAAUCACAAGAACAGACAUCAGUAGAAAAUACAUGUCAUUCAAGAGAGUUGGAAUCAGGGACAGAAAUUGUUGGUGCCGUUGGAGGUUCAGAACUGACUUCCCCAGAAACACCAGAUGCAAUUCUAACUAGAGAUCUUACGCAUGUCAGGAGAAAACACAGAGACCUACAUGCUUACAAUGAAUCCGAGGGUCGUAUCAGCAGUUUCUAUUCCUUCAACACCGUCUCUCAGACAUCCAAAAGUGUGAAAUCUAGCAAGAAAUCAAAAGCAAGUUCCUCUAAAAGUGUUUCUAGUCUGAAACGAGCAGUUUCUUUGCAAGAAACCACAACACCUUCAUCCUCCACAAAUUCCAAAGGGAGUCGUAAAGUUUACAAGAGGUCUAUCAGCGAGAGAGUGCGCUCAAUAGAUGAUUCACCUAUGCAGGAGGUGUUUAAAAGUGAAACAAAGCAAGACGAUCUUUAUUCUGAGUUACAUGGCGUAUCUCAAUAUGUUGGCGAGAUAUCACAACCUAUCGAGUUGUACAAUUCUUCGUGCUUUAUUUUACUUAAUUCAUCGUAUGAACCAGUGGACGAAGCUCUCAAUUUCGAUGUCAGUAUUGGUGCCUCUCAGGAGAAACAUGUGAUGACCGAAGAAGAGAUGGAUCAGCUGACUAAUGCUAUGAACGAAAUUGCCAAGUCAGAAGAAGAUGCUCUCCUAUCAACUGAAUUUAAUGAGGUACCUGGUAUGGAAAAUGGAGGUGCAGCUGUCGAGGAGGACACACUUGAUUCAAACAGUGCUGAAGUAAAUCUAAACAUUGACCUAAAUCAGUUGAGUGCCGGUGAUGAGGAUGAGAUGAAGGAUUUGUUGAAUAGGGAUUUCAGUAAAUACACAGACGGAGACAACAAAACAGUACUUGAAAGAAUGAGCGAGGAUGAGAUUGCAGCAGAAAUGGCAGCGUUUGUUGACGACAUACCCUCAGACACUCCCUCAGACCCCACGCCAUCUAAUAAGUCCACAGUUCUAAACCCCGUAAUACAAGAAGACUUAACCCCUGAUGUUCACUGCACACCACCUCCUGAUACAGCGCCCUCUUGUGAUCAAGAUGUCUUCCAGAAACCAUAUCUUAAUGGGCAUGAUAAUAAUGACAAUUUGAAUGAAGUCCCUAUGACCCCAGAGAUUAAGAUUACCAAUCAUGAUGAGGCUUUCAUAUACGCAGAAACAAAUGAAAAUGUUGAAAGUGUUCCUUUUGACAUUGAAGAGAAUGAGCCAAUAGCAGAGCAAGGAGAACCAGGCCAAGAACCAGUUCUGCAAGCCGAGGGUUUCACCCAAGUACAUUCAGCACCACCAUCACAACCAGACGACAACGAUGACACGACAGAGACAGUAGAGCAGUUUAAGGAAACCCUCCCAGAUGGAUCGAUUCGUAUUGUAACACGGCGAAAAGUGGUUAGGAAAGUCACGCAGCAUGUAGAGGUUGAGGGAGAACCUGCGCUGAUUGAAGGCGGUGAUAAUAUUCAGAGAAAAAUUGUAGUUCAGAAAAAAGUAACAAAUACAAAAGUGAUCGUAGAUGGUGAGGAAGUCGACCAAUCCCAGGACAUAAAAACGAACAUUGUCGAAGACGGAGAAGAGAUCGCUGAUGCAACUGAACUUCGCGGGGAUCUCCAACAAAUUGUCGACAACUUCCUGCAAGACGAAGUUACUUUGGAUGACAACCAAAAUGAAGCGUGAAUCGGUUGGCGUGAAUGAUGCAGAAGAAAAUUUAAAAAAUUUAAAAAAAUCUGAAACAUGUACUUCAAUUUAAAAAAUGUUUGAUAAAAAGGAAUUCAAAUUAAGGUGUUGUAAAUUUAUGUGCGCUGUUAUAGUUCUGUGUGUGAAGAUCAUUUAAAAUUGAUAACUGAUUUAUUGUAGAAAUGCAUGUUCGAUUCUCAGUAAAAAUUAUACUUAUAAUAGUAUUGAACAUAGUAUAUCUUCAAAUUAACUUUCUUGAUGUGAGUAACUGUGUCGAUGAUAACAUGUCCACAUAUAUACGUGUAACUUAUCACAUGAUUUCUGCCGCACGUAUCUUGUCCAUUUUCUGAUCGUCGAAUUAUGGUUACCAAACUUUGUAAGUUUCAUAGUCUAUUGUAGUGUUGAUGUGUAUAUCAUUAAAAAGAAUUUUAAAAUUUUAAAUAAGUUUGUUGAUUAGUAAUUCUAGUUGAUGAAAAUAUUAUUUGUUAGUUUCACUUGCCACUGGAAUUUCCUAGAUGAUGAUGAUUUUUAAUCCAGAAAUUCUAGAUAAUAGUAUUUGCACUAGUAUUUGACCUUGAGGUUUGCAGCGUUACUUAUACAUCAUGUAUGUUCAGGACUACUUUGGAUAUUUUAAUAAUAAUUAUAUUUGCCCUUGAUAUUGUUUAUCUACUUUUUUUUAAUUGUGUUGUCUUUCCAUCUUAUGAUUCAAUUUGUUUUUGUGUGCUUAAUUGAUUUUUUUUCUUUGGUUUUCACUACAUUUAAGCCAAAUCUUUCAUAACAUUACUGAUAAUGUUUGUGAAAUUUGAUUGGCUGAAAUUAUGUAUUAGACAGAAUAAUUAUGAAAUUUAAAGAUUGUUUACAUCAUAUUUGUGGUCUUUGUAAUUACAGUACCUAAUAGAACUAAAGACAAGGUUUACAUUUGUUGAUUUUUAUUUCAAAUUUUAAAUAGUUAUCUUGUGAAUGGAAACCUUACUUAUGAUAUAAUAAAUCCAAACAAUUAUACUCUUGUCAAAUCAUUUUUUCUGGUAAAUAUGGUACAAAUCAUGAAGCCAAACAGAUAAAUGGAAAGUUUACCACACCAUUAAACGUUGCCUUGUUUACUGACAUAAAAAAAAUAAAAUCCUUGAAUGUUCAAUUAUGUAUAAAUUGAGUAAAUAGUAUGUGACAUACACCUUCAUUACAAAACUGAUGUUUUAGUAUUUUAUCCAUUUAUUUGUCAUUACUCACUGCCUGUCAGAUUGUACAACAGUGAAGUAUAUACCUAAUUCAUCCAUAUAGAGUUUAUACUAUUAUAUAGCUUGAUACAAUACAUUUUAAGUAAAAGUAUACAGGUUUUAUUAAACAGAAAUUUUUUCAGGUUAUAUCUGUGAACAUCAAUGAGAUUUAUCAAACUACUGUAUUAUAUUCAUGUCGUCACCUUCUGUGACAACUUUUCUGUAUUUUAGAUCAACAAGUUUUUUUAAAUACAGUUAUUUUUAAAUUUGUAUUCUUUAUAUGUAAACAUCUGUUAAUUAUUACAUUCAGCUUAUAAUAUUUAAAAUAGCAAUCUUUUCAAUCACUAGAAUUCAGCUUAAUUUCAUACUGUACUCUUUUGGUCAUGUUUUGUUUCUGGAUAAAAAAAAAAACCAUUGUUAUUAAGGAAAGAAUUAACCUAUAAUUUUUUAAUCAUUGAUUUUGAUUCAUUUUACAAUGUUUUCAUAUUAGAUGAUACCUAAUAAUUAAUAAUUACAUAAAAAAAUUAAUAUAGAAAAAUAUUAAUGGUAAUCGGUAUCGUUUCCAAAAAUCGUAGUGCAAUUGGGUGCCAAUCAACUAUAGAAGAUUUGGUAUUUUUAAAUGUACAAAUUCAGUGAUGUUGUUAGUUUAUAUGUGCCAAAGAUAGUCCUGUUCUGUUGUGAUGUUUAAAUCUUAAAAUCGUUGUUGUCAUGUAAUCACUUAAAUGAAAUUCUCACGUGUGUGGUACAACGUUUGAGGGCGUGCGUCCAGGUGGCUGGUUUGGAUAAUUGCUGUUACCUAGGAAACAAAUUAAGAUAUUUGGUGAUUCAAUUAAUAAAGCUGUCAAUUGUGCAUCCUA